CAUAACCGGCUCUGCUUUGCUGCCCAGCAAAACAUUUCCCGAAACUCCGUGUCCUUUAGUAGAGCGCUUUUCUGGUGCAGCAAGGGCCCCAGAAGGACACCCACUUCCUCAAACACAACGGGCGGUACGGAGAGCAACCCCGGGCGGCCGCGCUGCGGUGCGGGCUGGGCCGGGCAGCGGCCAAAGCAGGGAGCGAAAAGGGGAGCGAAAACCAGGUGGCAUCACCUCGGCAUCGUUGGGGCAGCAAGGCGAGAGCUUUGCAGGCAAGCAGGGCGGGAAAGUACUUUUAUGGGGUUGUUCGCAGCCGCUCGCGGGGGAGGGAGGAGGAAGUACAUUGGUGAAUCGACCCUUGCCGAGCCAGCGUUUGUCGCGGGGGGGAUCGCACCCCGGGCGCACGAUUCCCACGGGACCAUCGGAGCUUCGUCUCAGCCCAUCUCCUAAGCAAGACGCCCUUGGGAAUAAAAAAAAGCUCCUCCUGAUCCAAAAUGUCCCUCAAGCUGCCACGGAACUGGGAUUUCAACCUGAGAAUGGACGCUGCAAAAAUAGACAAUUACUCCCACGCAGGAAAAAGGAAGCACACCCUGACAGAUACUGCGGCCACUUCCUUUACAAACUCAUAGCCAGUUUGCUCGGCACAGGGGCAGGGAACUGCGCUCGCCGUUGUACCCCAAACGGGCCCUGGGGACGGCCAGGGCUGCUGGCGCCGUGUCCCCCGCGCGUCCCACCAGCCCAGCCCUCUCUUUCCUUGGCAGCGCGGUCCAAGAGCGUGAUGAGCGGGGAGCCCGCGGGCGCCCGGCCGGCCUCCCCCAACCCGCUGGAGCGGCCCCUGAAGACGGGCUGGCUGAAGAAGCAGCGCUCCAUCGUCAAGAACUGGCAGCAGCGCUACUUCGUGCUCAAGGGCCAGCAGCUUUACUACUACAAGGACGAGGACGAUGCCAAACCACAGGGCUGCCUGGCGCUCCUGGGAAGCACCGUCAAGGAGGUCGCCAGCAACCCAGAGGAAGGAGGGAAAUUCAUCUUCGAAAUCAUCCCAGGGGUCUCUGGAGAGCAGAACCGAACAGGGCAGGACACCUGCGUGCUCAUGGCUAAUUCCCAGUCUGAGAUGGAGGAAUGGGUUAAAUGCAUCCGGCGAGUGCUGGGGUCGGCGUCAGGAGCGGUGUUUGGCCAGCGCUUGGCAGAGACCAUGGCCUAUGAGCAGAAAUUUGGGCAGCACCAGGUGCCCAUCCUGGUGCAGGAGUGUGCCGAGUUCAUCCGCAAGCAUGGUGUGAGUGAAGAGGGAAUCUUCCGGCUCCCUGGCCAAGACAACCUGGUGAAACAGCUCAGGGACGCGUUCGACGCUGGGGAAAGGCCAUCGUUUGACCGGGAUACGGAUGUGCACACCGUGGCCUCUCUGUUCAAACUCUACCUGCGGGAGCUCCCCGAGCCCGUCGUGCCCUGGACACAGUACGAGGAUUUCCUGCUGUGCGGGCAGGCGCUGGAGGCGGAUGAGAGAAAGGGCCACCAGGAACUCCUGAAGCAACUGUCCCUCCUUCCCAGAGACAACUACAACCUCCUCAGCUACAUCUGCAGGUUUCUACAUGAAAUACAGUUGAACUCUGGUGUCAACAAGAUGAGUGUGGAUAACCUGGCAACGGUGAUUGGAGUGAACCUCGUCAGACCCAAGAUAGAGGAUCCUGCCAUUAUUAUGAGAGGCACGCCACAGAUCCAGAAGGUGAUGACUGUGAUGAUCAGUGACCACGCUGAGCUCUUUCCCGCAUCCAAGGAUGUGCCACCGUCCCCACCCACCCAUAAAAAUGACAAGAAGACCCCCGUCCCGCGCAGCUCCGUGGGCUGGGACGCUGCGGAGGACCCCGCGGCACCCAGCGCCAAGAGCUCCAUCCAAAGGCAAAUGAGAGAUGACCUCAAUUCCAGCAGCGCCCUCGGACCAGCUGCAAGCUCAAGCGCACCCGGAGAAGAUAACGGGUCCAAAGAUACAUUGGGAAUGUGGAAAUCCCAGGCAAGGAAAAGAACUCAGACGUUACCUAACAGGAAAUCUUUCCUGACAGCUGCUUCAUCCGGGGAGAAAGACAGCAGUGACAAAAGUUACAUAUUUGCCCGUGACUUUUGGAAAAAUGCUCCUGGGAGCAGCGUGCGCUCUGUGGUUCCCGAUGGACACAAGAGAACAUUGUCUCAUGAUCUUUUUAAGCUGCUCGACCUCCACCGGGCUUCGAACUAUGAUAAUGUUCCCACCUCCCAGGCUGAAGGUGGGGAAGGCGGCGGCUCCAGCCCCUCCAGCAGCGGCUCCGAAAAGGAAUUCCUGCCCUGCCCCAGUCCCAGGCAGCAGCCAAAGGACCCGGCCAGUCCCACCAGCAGCACGGCCGAGGUGUCCGAGCCCGAGCUGGAGAGCAGGGAGUUCCUGCAAAACAUGGUCCUGAAGCUGGAAAAAGAAAUGGAGGUGCAGAAAAAUGACUACGAGGAACAGAUUAAAAGCCUUGAGAAGGAAAACUAUGACGUCUGGGCCAAAGUGGUGAGGCUGAAUCAGGACAUCGAGAGGGAGAAGAAGAAGUCUGAGGAGCUGGAGCUGAGGCUGAAGAACGUGGAGCGGUCACGGGAGGACAUGGAGAAGAAAAACAAGAUGCUUGAGGAGGAGAUUAAAAAAUUGGCCAAAUCCACAAGCAAAACCGAUACCAAAACCAACUAGAAGCCACCCAGCUGUGCACAGACUAAAAAGCAGCUGCGUGAAUCCACAGGAAUUGCCAAGCGGGGUCAGUGCCAGGGACUCGCACCGCCCCGUGUUCUGGUACCGACCGCCGGCUGGUUUGGAGGAAGGAGCCCAGAAGUCAGAGGCUGGUUUGUGCUCUGAAACAGGAAAUUUCACAAAUAUUCUUUAGCAUUUUUCUUUCUCAGUGUUUAUUUCAACUCCUCUUUCAGCUGCUCAAGUUACCUGUAGAACAGGCCGACACUUCUUGCUGCUCAAUCAGAACUGCUUGCACUCAGGAGUUCAAGUUAAGGAUAUAUUAUGCCUUUAAUAAAAUCAACUAGCAAGCAUCCCCUCUGGCAGCCAGCGGGCUCCUUGCUGGAGAUACCAAAAACUCCUUAAACCUUGGAUCUGGGGAGACAGAGAAGCCCCAAGGUCUGGGGUGGCACAAUACAACGGAUGGUGGGCUGCAAAUGCCGUCAGCACCAUGGUUGAGAUGUUCACAUUAAUUAUUGCUCUUAUAGAGCAAGAGAAACCCAGACAACCCAUCAAGUCCACUGAGGAGAGCAUCACUGGCUGUGCUGUGCCAGUCAUGGAUAUCAAGGCUCCAGUAUAAAAUCACAAUAUUGCAAUAACCUCUUCAAUUAAGUGGCUGUUUGGUUAAUUUAAAUCACUGUUCCUUGUAGCCACAUGCAUACAAACCCAGCGCAGCUGCUGAUGAGGCUUUGGAGAGCACGUCCAUGCGUCCACACACGGAGCUCUUUGUGCAGAGCUCUACCCAGUACACAAAAUGGAGCUUCUGCAUUUUUCCUGAAGGAUGGUUUUCAAAGAAUAACAGAUCUGGACUUAUUUAUCACCUCUGCUUUUGUUUUUCAUCAUUUCAUCAGCGCAGAACAGGAUUUGCUUGGUCACGUUGGUGGAAACCUGGGUUUGCACCCCAAUUAUGAUACUGGGGUCACUUGCUGCCGUCAGACCUGAAGGUUUCACGGUGCUGUUGUGGGUCUUUGUAAAAUUGUCUUGUUUUCCCACUACCAGCACAUCACCCUUGCAGCGGUACCACGAUGCUGCUGAAGCUUUUGGUGUAGGAAAGAAAAUAGUAAGACUGUGCAAGAAAACCUUUCACUCCUUAUUUCUGUUCAGAAGGGGGAACAACACCACGUAGGCUCAGCCCAGCCUAGAGCCUUAGUGGGAACAAAAAAGGGACAAACAGGAGUUUUCAAGUGAGAUGUUUAGGAUCAAACACAUGCCUCUGUGCUGAGCAGAGCUGAUGCAACAACACUGGAUUAGUGCUACGGAGGACUCGGCCUUGGUAAUAGAAAAGUCCAGCUUAAGACAGGCUGCAGAUCUGCAUGGCAGAGACUUGCAGAGAAAAAUUAACUGGUUGGGGAAAGGGACAUAAACUGUGAAAAAAAGGGAGAUGGGAGUGGGAAAAUGUUAUCAGAGGAUAAAAGUCAAUAGUGGGUAUAUAGCUCUUACUCGUACAAGCUUUGGUGGCGGAGGGGGCUUAUUUAGCCCUAAAACCAAGCCCAGACUCCUUAGACUCAAACUUGGAUUCAGUUUGGUGUGUUGAAUCCACCUUUGCUCAGCUGUGGAUAUAAAUGUUUGUGGAAGUUGAGCUGCAUUUCAGAAUCUGACCCAUAAACUGCUCAUUCGACCUGCAGACUCUGACUCGAGGGGAUUUUCCUUUCCAGAGGAUCCGCAGAGACCCCACAGCCCCUCACUGUCCUGCCACAAACCUUCACACCAGUGAGUCAAUUUGUUCUGGAGGGAUGUAUGAGGUUAGUACAAAAUGACAGCACUUUCCAGAGGACCCACAGCCAAGGUCCUCUGCUCUGGCAAUGACCCAAUUUGAUUUGAAUGUUUCAAACCUGAUUUAAAUGUCUCAAAUCGGAAACAACAUGGGAAUUUAAAAUCUCAGUAGCCCUUUGCAUCCCCCUUGCAGAGGGAUGGACAUCACAGAAAGGAGCUCCAAGGAGAACAGUCUGACCUUGCCAGAGUUUAUUCAAUGUUUUACCUUUACAAGGACCUCAUUACUAAUCCGGACAUCAGGCUCAUGAGUCAUUUAGGGAGAAAUUUCUCCAUCAAGUCUUAGGGAAACGUCGUGAACAUCUGGGCUGGAAAUGCCACACGCUCCUUCCUGCAAAGAUCAAAAGUGUGAAAAAAUCAGGACAAUUAAAUUAAACAGUAUUCCCUGAAAAUAAAGCAAUAAUUCCUCCACAGCAGAGCGGGAUGACGCGAAAAGGCUUGGCCGAGGCUCAGAAGCCUCUGUGAUUAGGACAAGUGCGCGUUGUUUUAGUAUAAACUGCGCAUUCCUCCGCUUCCGCUGCAGAUAGGCAAAACAACCUCUAUCGAACCAUGACUGUUUCUGAAGAUCAGAGCCACUUCUUUGAAGAUAUUCUGCCCAUUAAAAUGCGGAGUGUUUAUAGCGGCCGUGUUUAAAAGAUAAGACUUUCCAAUAGAGGUCAGGUGGGCUGGAAAUUCCGAAGUACAUGGAGGGGAUGAGCAGCCCCAGAGAACAACGUGGGCAUAUUAUGAGCUGGUAUUUUGUUGGGUGCUGUAAGUUGAGUUUUCCUUUUAUAAAAAGUGAGCUUUCUCCAGAGAUUUUUGUGGAUCUGCCCAUGCCAGACCUAUGGAAACUUUACAUCCUUUUCAGCCCCAAGGGUAUAACCUGAAUCCUGGCGAUGCCCAAAUCCUACUCUGGAUUUAAUGCGCUUUCAGAUCUUCUGUUGGAGACACCAGAACAUGAGAUCCCCAAAAACACGACCUAUAUUUCCUUCCUCUCUUGCCAAGCCUGGAAGCAUUUUGGGGAAGGAGCAGCAAGAAAGUCUCUCCUGUUCCUGAAGCGGCAGUUGCUGUUUUGCUGUGCUGCAAAGGGAUAUUAUCAACUCAUUUUUUGGUUGUUUGGUGGCUGUUUUUCAGCUCAGACGGCUCUAAGCAUUAAUUCCGGAUACCCUAGAGUGUGGAACUACUCUUAAUCACACAAUAGUGUAAUAGUAAUCACACAAAAGUACAAUGGGCUGUCUAUAAGAAAUAAUAAAGCCUGUAGAAG